AUGACGUACCGUAACUGUUCACCUAUUUCUCCGUCUAUUCCUUUACUCAUGGCUGGCCUUAAAAAAAGGACAAUAGUUUCUAUGUGUCCCCUGGCCCCUUGCGUGCCCCAGCCGUCACCCCUCUGGCAGGUAAGCGACGCACAAAAAAUUAAAAAGAGAAAUUGGUGGUACAAGCCCACCGGUGACAGUCUCAUGGGAGUUUUACUGAAUCUUUAUAUUCCAAUAAUAAAAAAUAAGGGAUUAAAUUUUUGGAGGGUUAUAAAAUUUUUAAUAACUGUAAUCGUAAAACAGGGAGCAAUGCAUUGGAUUCAGAUGGAGGAAAAAGAAGAUAAAAAUGAUGAUCCGCGGGUUGAAUUUAUUUAUCAAUAUUUAGUGAGAUCCAGCAAAAUAAAACCUGAUAAAUGGGCCAAGAUGCUGGCAACUGAAGAUUUAAAGAAUAUUAUUAUGAAUUUCUUUGGCUCUCCUGAGGAGUACAUACUGACGAUAAAUGUAUCGUCCAGCGGUGGAAUUGUUCCAGCUUUGGGAAUUCAAUCUGAUGUCAAAAAUAAAUUGUCUUACUUCGUGAAGCGACAGCCGGUUAUUAUUACAGAGACCAAUUAUAGGGAAUUUCUUAUUCCUGGAGACAUGUCACCUAAACCUGUAGAUGAAUUGUCGAUCCUGGUUCAAGAAGUAUAUGUUCCGGUUUUGACAAAUCCAGAAAAUAGUAAUGAUUGGCCAGAAAUAAUAACUGAAGAUGUCAAAAAACACGUUUAUGACUUCCAGAGUUCAAUCUGUCAGUUGCAAGGUAAAAUGACAGGACAUACUUUGCUAUCGAUGCCAAUGGGCAAUGAGGAAUUAUUUAAAAUGGAAAGACUAACCAAUAAUGAAGAAAUUGAUUUGAUGUUAAAAAGUAAUAUCGAAGAAAUCGUUAUCAGAUGGCUGAAGCAAGUUAAUGAUGUUUUGGAGGAAGCUCACGAACAAGUUACAUUCUGGCAAGAAAGACUGAGAAAUUUGGAAUCUAUUUAUGAUCAAAUGUGUGACCCGAGGGUAAAAAAAAUAGCUUUUCUACUUGAACUUACUAAAAGUUCAUACUUAACAUCUUUUGAAACACUAUUCAAAAAUAUUAUCACUGCAAUCGUCGAAGCGCGAGAUAUUUAUUUACACUUAAAACCACUGCAAUCGCAGUUUAUAGAAAUAGAAUCAACUGAUAUUGAAGAUUUGAAAUUGAAAUUGAAACAACUGCUUCAUUUAAUUUGUCUGGCGUGGGCGAAUUCUAAGCAUUAUUGCACGACUACCAAUAUUAUCUAUUUGCUCAAUGCGGUUGUGAAUCUUUUUAUAACUCAGGCGAUAAAAUAUCUUGAUCCAGGAAAUUUAUUUCAAACUGACAUUAAUGAUAAUCUGGCUAAAUUGACACUUGUUCUCGAUACUAUUGUGAAUUUCCGGGAUUUAUUCGAUCAAUUUGGAGCGAAUAUUCAUCACUACUUUAAAAAUUCAUCAGUUGUUCCUUGGACUUUUCACGAAAAGCUCGUUUUGGAGAGAUUAAUCAGAUUUGAGAAACGGCUGAGACAGAUUCAGCGGAUAUUCGAGAUUGCCAACGAGUAUUCUAAAUUAGAACGAAUCGAAGUCGGUGGAUUCAAGGGAAAAAUAUUGGUUGACAAAAUAAAUCAAGUUUAUGAUGAAUUUAUUAAGAGUUACAAUGAACUGGGCUCCGUGGAAUAUGACAUACUGUUUCCUGAAGACGAUAAAUUUUUAAAUGAAAUCACGAGUUUUUUAACUAAGGUGGAAGAAUAUGACCAGAAAUUGGGUUCUAUUUUUGAUAAAGCUUUCGCGGAGUGUCAUGAUAUCGAGAAAAUAAUAAAAUUAAUUUACAUAAUUGAUCCAAUAUCUCAGCGACCGAUUAUACGAUUUCAAUUGUGGCAUAAUUAUGAAAAAUUGUUGGCGCUUAUCCACAAUUAUCUUGAUGAAAUUAAGAUUGAUAAUUAUCUCGUUAAACAGAUUGUUUUCGAUAACAACUUCGUAGAAACAGAAAAUAACAGUACAAAAGAUCAAUAUUUUCCGCCGGUGGCUGGCAAACUUUGCUGGCUAAUGAAAUUACAGCGGCAUAUUGAUUAUCCUAUAGACUCUAUUAAAUUAAUUAAUCAUCCGAUAUUUGUAACGCAAUCUGGACUGGAUAUUAUAAAUAAACACGACCAAAUUCAAAAACUACUGGACGAAACGGAAAAAAAAAUAUUUGCCGAAUGGUGCAAAAAAGUUCCGGGUAUUUGCAGUGAAAAUCUGGCUAAACCUCUUUUUAUUGUCGCGAACGAUCGAUCUUUAAAGUCUAAUUUGAACCCCGAACUCGUUGCUAUUCUCAAGGAAACUAAAUACAUGAUUAUGUUAGCGAAGGACAAUUUGCCUAAAGAAGCCCUUGAUUUAUUUGCAAGGACAAAGUUUUUUGUUGAUACUACUUACAAUAUUAACCUGAUUGUUGAUUGGUACAACGAAACUCGAUUCUCGUGUUCAGACGUAGAGUUUGAAUUAUUACAAGAGGAAAUACAAAUGAUUGAUGGCAUGAUUGAUGAGGGACAGAUUAAUUACAACUGGAACUCACUAGGCGAGUAUAAAUAUAUAAAAAUAAAGGCCGUUAAUAAUGUCAAAGAUUUGAUGACGAGCAUCAAUGAUUGGGCGAUGACGCCAAUUUUGGAGCGCAAGGACAGAAAAGCUAAUAAUUUGAUCGCGAUUGGAGACCGAAAAGAUAAAUUCAGCAAGCGCUACAGCACUAUUGAGCAGACAGCUGCAGAAAUAAACCGCGUGCUGGAGGAAAAUUACAAACUCUACUUCAAUAUUCUGCCUGAAUCCGCUUACGUCUCCAGUGACUUUGAACUAGUCAAGUGGAAGCCUUAUCUUAGUUAUAUUGAUCAAUUGGUAUCCAAAGCUUUGAUACAAGCUGUCUCUUCGAGCGUCUGCUAUAUAUUGGAUGAAACUGAUCCACAGGCUGAUGUACAUCCGCUUUUUGAGGUGAAUCUUUGUUUAGAAAUUCCGAAUAUCAGUUUUCAUCCUUCUGUCGAGAUAGAACAUCCCGAGGGAUUUUACGUGUUUUACGAGGGCUUGUUGUUUGAUAUUAUGAAAAUGGGAACAUUGAUAACUCGUUUGGAUCCUGAUAAAUUUGAACACCGAGAAAAUUAUGGGCUUGACUUAGUUGAAGAGGAACGAAUCGUAUUUAUGUUGGAAGAAACUUGUAACCGAGUUAAGGAAGCACUAACUCAAGCUCAAGAGUACGGUACGAUAUUCGAGGUAUAUAACUGGAUAUGGCUCGACGACAGGCAAGAGUAUCUCCAUUACUUUUUGCGUUUCGCUAAAAAUUUAAAUCACCAAGAAAGAGAACUUUUGAGCCAUAAAUCAGCGACUAAUUUGGCUAUCAAAGAGAAGAAACCCGAGCUAGCGGAUUUCAAGCGAGAAAUUGAUUAUUUUGUCGAGCUGUACAAUAAGUGCAACGGAAUUGAGAACGAAAAAAUUUUGUGUCGCUGGCUUAAGAUCAAUAAUAAAUCGUUCAAGCAGACUUUGCUUAAUACUAUUUGCAAAUUUAACCAACCGAUUCUAGAAGAGGAUUAUGAAGGCUUAUUGAAGACAAUGUACUACUUGAAAGAAGUUAGAGACAAACAAUAUAAAAUUGAUGGAAUGUUUGAUCCUCUUAAAGAAAUAAUAAAUUUAUUGGAACAAUACCAAGUAGAAUUUAGCGAGCAAACUCAUCAGUGGCUUGUCGAACUGCCCGAGUCAUGGGGCACUGUAAAAAAAUUAGCCGCUCAAGUUAAACAAUUAGUAGCGCCGCUUCUGGCUCACCAAGUUGAUCUCAUUAAAAAGAGAUUAAAUUAUUUCGACUUUAAACAACGCCAGUAUUAUUUAAAGUUUUUUGACCAUAAAUUAUUUAGGCCAGAUUGCGAGAAUGUUUAUGAAAAUUUGGACAAAAUAAACUGGGAAGUGAAUGAACUGGAGUCGGAGUUAGAAACACUGAAAGCUUCAGCCGCAAUACACGAGCUGCAGGUUCAAGAUUACAAGGAAAUAAACCAGCUGAGACGGGAGCUGAGAUUAUUGAAAUGCCUCUGGGAUUAUAUUAUCGUGAUAACGAGUAGCUUAGACGAGUGGAACACUACGACCUGGAAGAGAAUAGACGUCGAGGCGAUGGAUCUCGAGUGUAAAAAAUUGAUCCGUGAACUGAGACUGCUCGACAAGGAAUGCAAAAGCUGGAAAUUAUUUACGUACAUCGAAGCUCAGGUUAAAAAUAUGAUGUCAUCAUUGAGAGCUGUCUCGGAGCUACAGAAUCCCGCGAUUCGCGAUCGUCACUGGCAGGAAUUAAUGGCGGAAACUCGGGUUAAAUUUACUAUGAGCGACAAAACAACUCUGGAGGAUUUGCUAAAAUUGGAACUCCAUAAAUAUGAAGAGGAAGUUAAAAAUAUGGUUGAUAAAGCUGUCAAAGAAAUGGCCAUGGAAAAAAUGAUCAAAGAAUUGACUAAUACUUGGGUUAAUUUGGAAUUUGACAAGGAAAAAUUGAACAACGCUGAUGCUAUUAUCAAUAUCUGGUUCGACGUUCAAAGGGCUUGGAUUCACCUCGAAAGUAUAUUUAUAGAUUCAGAUGAUAUACGAAAACAAUUACCGGAAGAUACUAAACGUUUCGAAGCAAUUGACCGAGAUUUUAAGGAAUUACUAAAAGAGAUGCUAGCAAAUCUUAAUAUAGUUAAGGCUACAAAUAAACCGAAGUUAUUAGAGCGACUCGAAGAAUUGCUAAUCCAAUUGAAUGUUUGUGAAAAGGCGCUGUUUAACUAUUUAGAGAUGAAGCGAUUGGCGUAUCCUCGGUUCUAUUUUAUAUCUUCUGCAGAUCUACUUGAUAUUCUUAGCAAUGAGCUUGUAUGCAAGCAUCUAUCAAAGCUCUACGAUUCAAUAUCAAACCUAAAAUGGAAGCUCGACUCAGGAAAACCAACAAAACUAGCUUUUUCCCUGAUAGCAAAGGACGGCGAAGAAAUGGUGAUGCACGGAGUGUGCGACUGUAGCGGAGUUGUCGAAGUCUGGUUGAACCGGUUGACCGAGAGCAUGCAGAAGAGCGUCAGAUACCACUUCAACCAAGCAGUGAGAUCCUACGAUGACAAACCUAGAGAGCAGUGGAUUCUGGACUAUCCAGCUCAGCCUGCGCUUUGCGGGACUCAGAUCUGGUGGACUGCGGAAGUGAACAUGGCGUUUGCCCGGCUAGAAGAAGGAUUUGAAAGCGCGCUGAAGGACUAUCAAAAAAAGCAAAUAAAUCAAUUGAACACACUCAUAACAAUUCUGUGUGGUGAACUGACCGAUAAUGAACGCCAGAAAAUAAUGACUAUCUGCACAAUUGACGUACAUGCCAGAGAUGUUGUGGGGAAAUUAAUAACAACUCGAGCUGAAAACUCGUCCAAUUUUCAAUGGCAGUCCCAGUUACGACACAGGUGGGAUGAUGGGAUCGGUGAUUGUUUUGUUAAUAUCUGCGAUGCAAAUUUCGCAUAUGGGUACGAGUACCUAGGAAACGUUCCACGCUUGGUUAUAACUCCAUUGACAGACCGUUGUUAUAUAACACUGACACAAUCGCUGCAUUUAGUGAUGGGUGGUGCUCCUGCUGGUCCCGCGGGAACUGGCAAAACCGAAACAACCAAGGAUUUAGGUCGCGCGCUGGGUCAAAUGGUCUAUGUUUUUAAUUGCUCUGAACAACUGGAUUAUAAAUCGUGUGGAAAUAUUUAUAAAGGACUCGCGCAAACUGGAGCAUGGGGAUGCUUUGAUGAAUUUAAUCGGAUAUCUGUCGAAGUACUCUCUGUGGUCGCUGUUCAGGUUAAAUGUGUUUUGGAUGGCGUCAAGAGCAGAAGAAAAAAAUUUAUGUUUUUUGGAGAAGAGCUCAAUCUGAUAAAUACUGUUGGGAUGUUCAUCACCAUGAAUCCUGGGUACGCUGGACGGACUGAAUUGCCGGAGAAUUUGAAAACGUUGUUCAGACCCUGUGCAAUGGUAGUUCCAGACUUCGAUUUAAUUUGCGAAAUAAUGUUAGUAGCUGAAGGGUUUCAAAAAGCUCGUCUAUUAGCCAGGAAGUUUAUAACUCUGUAUUCGCUUUGUCGAGAAUUACUGUCAAAGCAGGAUCACUACGAUUGGGGUCUUCGUGCAAUUAAAUCAGUUCUGGUUGUCGCUGGCAAGCUAAAACGUGACGAUCGUCAGCGUCCAGAAGAUCAAGUUUUAAUGAGAGCUCUACGUGACUUUAAUACUCCAAAAAUAGUUACCGAUGAUGUACCGGUAUUCAUGGGUCUGAUCGGCGAUUUAUUUCCGGCGCUCAAUGUUCCGCGUAAACGCGAUAUCCAGUUUGAAAAAACUGUGCGUCAAGCUGCUCUUGAUCUGAAAAUGCAACCAGAGGACGGAUUUAUCCUGAAGAUAGUACAACUCGAAGAACUUCUUAAUGUUCGUCACUCAGUUUUUAUUGUUGGAAUGGCUGGUACAGGAAAAACUCAAGUUUGGAAAUCUCUUUAUCGCACUUAUGUUAACCAGAAACUUAAACCUUGCUACAAUGAUCUAAAUCCAAAAGCCGUAUCUAAUGACGAACUUUUUGGAAUUAUUAAUCCUGCGACAAGAGAAUGGAAAGACGGUUUGUUAUCAAUACUAAUGCGCGAUCAGGCAAAUAUGUCCGGUAAUGGACCAAAAUGGAUUAUAUUCGACGGUGAUAUUGAUCCGAUGUGGAUUGAAUCGCUUAAUACCGUGAUGGACGACAACAAAGUAUUAACGUUGGCGAGUAAUGAGCGUAUCGCAUUGACUAAAUCAAUGCGAUUAUUAUUUGAAAUAUCAAAUUUACGUACUGCUACUCCUGCUACUGUUUCAAGAGCUGGGAUUUUGUACAUAAAUCCGCAGGACCUGGGCUCUAACCCAUUUAUCAUAAGCUGGAUAGAAACACGGAACAAUUCAGAGCGCGCUAAUUUAAUGAUUCUAUUUGACAAAUAUUUACCAUUAUUACUGGAAGUGUCGAAAAUAAAAUUCAAAAAAAUAACACCGAUACCAGAAAUAUGUCACCUACAAAUGCUGUGUAAUUUAUUGGACUGUUUACUGAUAAAUGAUAAUUUGCCACCAGAGUGUCCAAAAGAAUGGUACGAAUUGUACUUUGCGUUUGCCUGCAUCUGGUCCUUCGGUUCGACGCUUUUUAAAGACCAAUUGAUUGAUUGGCGGAAUGAAUUCAGCAAGUGGUGGCUGAGUGAGUUCAAAACAAUUAAAUUUCCGUCUGAAGGAACAGUCUUUGACUACUACAUCGACAACGAGACAAAAAAAUUCGUUCACUGGAAGAAUAUAGUCGGGAAAUUUCAACUGGACAUGGAUAUUCCUCUGCAAAAAAAAGCCCAAGUUAUGUUGGUAGGAAGUGCUGGCUCAGGAAAAAGUGUUAUUGUUACCGACAAACUGUCUUCUCUUUCGGAUAAUUAUAAUGUCGCUAAUAUUCCGUUUAAUUAUUAUACUUCUUCUGAAAUGCUUCAGCGUAUACUUGAAAAGUACCUCGAAAAAAAGGCCGGCCGUAAUUAUGGCCCGCCUGGUACCAAACAAUUAGUUUACUUCAUUGAUGAUAUGAAUAUGCCGGAAGUUGAUGCUUAUGGAACUGUCCAACCUCAUACUCUUAUAAGGCAACAUCUCGACUACAAUCAUUGGUACGAUAGAGUAAAAUUAACUCUAAAAGACAUCCACAAUACACAAUAUGUAUCUUGCAUGAAUCCAACAGCAGGAAGUUUUACAAUAGAUCCGCGGUUACAAAGGCACUUUGCAGUAUUUGCUGUCAGUUUUCCAAGUCAGCAAGCGCUGGUAACAAUUUACAGCCAAGUGUUGGAGCAGCACUUCUCAAACCCGGCGCAAAAAAUCGACCAUAAGCUACACUCAGUGAUAGAACCGUUGAUAAACACAGCGCUGUAUCUCCACGAAAAAAUAACCAGCAGUUUCCUACCAACGGCCACAAAGUUUCAUUAUAUAUUCAAUUUACGGGACUUAUCAAAUUUAUUUCAGGGCUACUUGUUUGCCAAUGGUGACACAAUUUCAAACUCGACAGAAGCUAUUCGUUUAUACGUCCAUGAAGCGAGCCGUGUGUAUUGCGACAAGUUAGUUAAUUUUGCCGACAAGAACGCCUUUGAAAUUAUUAUGCAUGAAGCGCUCAAGAAAAAUAUCAGUGACAUUGAUGAGUCGUUAGUAUUUGAAAAACCGCUUAUCUACUGUCAUUUCGCGGAAGGUAUGGGCGAUCCCAAGUACAUGCCAAUAAAGGAAUGGUCUCAGCUGUCAAAACUACUCGACGAAGCUUUAACUAAUUACAAUGAAUUGGUAUCAGCGAUGAAUUUAGUAAUGUUUGAAGAUGCAAUGUAUCAUGUUUGCCGUAUAAACCGUCUUCUAGAAUCCCCGCGAGGCAGUGUAUUGUUAGUAGGAGUCGGUGGUAGUGGAAAGCAAUCUCUGUCUCGUUUAGCAUCCUUUAUUUCCGGACUUGAGGUUUUUCAAGUUCAGCUGACAAAAAACUAUUCAAUAAGCGAUUUAAAAUUAGAUUUAGCAGAAUUGUAUCUAAAAGCGGGGCUAAAAAGUAUUGGAAUAACUUUUCUUAUGUCAGACUCGCAAGUCGCGCAAGAAAAUUUUUUAGUCGUCGUUAAUGACAUGCUGGCAUCUGGCGAGAUUGUCGAGCUUUUUCCGGACGAUGAAGUUGAUAGAAUAAUAAAUACCGUACGUGAAACUCACCGGGCUGAUGGACACGAAAGAGAAUUGCUGGAAAUUCUUCAUCGAUCGCGUAAGAAAGCAACUCAAAUGCGUGUUAUGUUUCUCGCCAGUCGGAAUUACUUUGAGGAAGAGAGCCAGACAGUUUCCGGCACUGGUCAAUUCGUCAACGAGGUGUCAAAAAUCUAUCUGGAAAAUGAGAAGAGACAUAAUUACACAACACCCAAGUCAUUUCUCGAGCAAAUUUCACUCUAUUCAAAAUUAUUGAUCGACAAAAUAAAUAGUUUUAAAUCGCGAAUUACAAAACUCGAGAACGGAAUUAUAAAAUUGAAUUCCUGCGCUGGACAGGAGGAGGCCAAAGUAGCUGAGAUUAAGGAGCGAGUGUCACUGAGACAAAAAAGGUGCGACGAGGAUUUGGCUAAAGCUGAACCGGCUGUAAGACAAGCAGAAGCUGCUUUAGAUACUUUGAACAAGAACAAUCUGACUGAGCUAAAGUCGUUGGUUACGCCGCCAGAAGCCGUAGCAAUUGUUGCCCAAGCGGUUUUAGUACUCUUUUCCCCAAAGGGGAAAAUCCCAAAGGAUCGAAGCUGGAAGGCCUGCAAAGCAAUGAUGGGUGGAGCUGAUGCUUUCCUCCAUGCGCUCCGUACCUACGACAAGGAGAAUAUUCAACCGGAGGUUGUUAAAGCCGUACAAACUUAUAUAAAUGACAAAGAAUUUGAUCCCGACAUUAUUUACUCAAAGUCCCAAGCCGCUGCGGGUUUGUGCAGUUGGGUCAAAAAUAUUAUGGUCUUUCAUUACAUUAAUCUCAAUGUUAAGCCUCUGAGAGCUGCACUUGCUCAAGCUAACGCUGAGUUAAAGGCUUCCUUGGAAAAAUUGGUCUAUUUACAUCAGCGUUUAACUGAGUUGCAAAAAGAGUUGGAUGAACUCGGCGCUAAAAUGAGCGUAGCGCUCGCGGAAAAACAGAAAUGUCAAGAUGAAGCUGACACAACAGCGCUGACUAUUGAUUUAGCAAACAGAUUAGUUAAUGGACUCGCUUCUGAAAAAAUACGCUGGGCUAAAACUAUUGACAUCUUAAAAUCAUCAUGUGAAACAGUACCAGGUGACAUGUUACUAGCGACAGCAUUUAUAUCUUACGUAGGAUGCUUUACAAGACAGUACAGACACGAUUUAAUAAACGUGUACUGGUUACCGUUCCUGGAGAAAUUGGAACCUCGGAUACCGCGUAACAGCGAAUUGAACGUACUAUCAUUACUAACAGACGAUGCCCAGGUUGCGCAAUGGAAUAAUGAUGGUUUGCCAUCGGAUAAAAUGUCUACCGAAAACGCCACUAUUCUGCUGAACUCUUCACGCUGGCCGCUGAUUAUCGACCCGCAAUUGCAGGCGAUCAAAUGGAUAAAAGCCAUGUACAAGGAUAACAUCAUCGUUCUGCGCCUUGAUCAAAAAAAUUAUCUGGAGCGAAUCGAGUUGGCGAUUGUUAGUGGUGAAAUAGUUUUGCUGGAAAAUAUUUCUGAGACAGUUGAUGCUGUACUAGAUCCGAUUUUGAGUCGGAAUUUAAUUAAAAAGGGCAGAGCAAUAAAAGUAGGAGACAAAGAAAUAGAUUAUAGCCCGGAAUUCCGUUUGAUUUUGCAAACAAAGCUCUCGAAUCCUCACUACAAACCGGAGAUACAAGCCCAAACAACGCUGAUUAAUUUCACAGUGACCAAGGACGGGCUGGAGGAACAAUUAUUAGGAGAUGUUGUGAAAGUAGAGCGCCCGGACCUAGAAAACACUAAAGCCGAGUUAACAAAGCAGCAAAACAGCUACAAAAUAACAUUAAAAAAAUUGGAAGAUGAUUUACUGCAGAGAUUAUCAGCAGCUGGGCCAAAUAUACUAAGCGAUGUUAUGCUGGUUAUUAAUUUAGAGACUACUAAAAAAAUGUCCGACGAUAUUGAAAUAAAAGCUACAGAGGCCAAAAUAACAGCGAGGAAAAUAGAUGAAGCACGUGAGUCAUAUCGUCCAGCUGCUUCCCGAGCCAGUCUUUUAUAUUUCAUUCUAAAUGAUUUGUAUAAAAUAAACAUGCUUUAUCAGUUUUCGCUCAAGGCAUUCAGCGUUGUUUUUAAUAAUGCCAUUAAGUUUGCCGAGAACUCCAACAACUUGAAGCAACGCGUUCAGCUUCUUAUUGACAGUAUCACUUAUCUCGUUUUUGUUUAUACCAGUCGCGGAUUGUUCGAGUGUGACAAGCUCGUAUUUUUACUCCAGAUGAUCAUUCAAAUACUGUUGAACAAAAAUGAAAUAUCACAAUCAGAGCUGGAUUUUCUUCUCCGGUACCCUCACGAUACAGACAUCGUAAGUCCCGUGGACUUUUUAAGCAAUUCCGGAUGGGGUGGGAUUAAGUUUCUGAGCAGUUGUAGCAGUAUGCCAGAAUUCAGGAAUCUUGAUCGUGAUAUCGAGGGAGCGGCUAAAAGAUGGAAAAAGUUUGUUGAAUCUGAAACACCGGAGAAAGAAAAAUUCCCACAAGAAUGGAAAAGUAAAUCCGCGCUUCAGAGGCUAUGUAUUAUGCGAUGCUUGAGAAUUGAUCGUAUGACUUAUGCAAUAAGAUCUUUUGUGGAAGAAAAAUUAGGAGAACGUUUUACAGAGACUCGGUCACCGGCAUUUGAAAAAUCAUUCGAAGAAAUGAGCUCUAUUACUCCAGUAUUUUUUAUUCUUUCACCGGGAGUUGAUCCACUUAAAGACGUAGAAAAAUUAGGAAAAAAAUUGGGCUUUACAUUUGACAACAAUAAUUUCCACAACGUGUCACUGGGUCAAGGCCAAGAGUUGAUAGCGGAAGAGAAAAUGGAAACAGCCGCAACAAACGGGCACUGGGUUAUCUUGCAAAAUAUUCAUCUGGUGAAAAGCUGGCUACCGAAUUUAGAAAAGAAAAUGGAGCAAUUAUCUGUUAAUUCUCAUGAAAAUUACCGUCUCUUUAUGAGCGCGGAGCCCAGUAUUGAUCCGCAUGAAUCAAUAAUUCCUCAAGGAAUUUUAGAGUCUGCGAUAAAAAUAACAAAUGAACCACCUACAGGAAUGCAUGCGAAUAUCCAUAAAGCGCUCGAUAAUUUUAAUCAAGAAACUCUCGAUUCUUGCACCAAAGAAUCUGAAUUCAAAGGAAUCCUAUUUGCACUUUGUUACUUCCACGCUGUGGUUGCUGAAAGGAGAAAAUUCGGAGCUCAAGGAUGGAAUCGAAUUUAUCCGUUUAACGUCGGUGAUUUGACGAUAAGCGUAUCUGUGCUGAGAAAUUACCUGGAAAAUAACGCGAAAGUACCCUGGGAAGAUUUACGUUAUUUAGUGGGAGAAAUAAUGUACGGCGGGCAUAUCACCGAUGAUUGGGAUCGUCGAUUAUGUCGGACAUAUUUAUUGGAAUACUUGCAGCCGGAUCUGAUUGACGGUGACUUGAAUUUAGCGCCUGGAUUCCUCGCACCGGCAAACAAUAUUCUUGAUAAAUUACCCGAGGAAUUUAAUAUAGCGGACUUAAUGAGUAAAAUGGAAGAUCGUACGCCCUUUGUAAUAGUUGCUUUUCAAGAGUGCGAAAGAAUGAAUAUUUUAUGCCAAGAGCUUCGUCGCUCGCUCAAAGAAUUAGAGCUCGGACUAAAAGGCGAGUUAACGAUUAAUGCAGAGAUGGAAGAUUUGCAAAAUUAUUUAUUAAUGGAUUUUGUACCACCAUCAUGGACAGUACGCGCAUAUCCAUCCUCACUCGGACUAACUAAUUGGUUUGCUGACAUGUUAAACAGAGUCGCUGAAUUAUCUAACUGGACUUCUGAUUUUAUGUCAUUUUUGACGGCAAUAAUGCAACAAACGGCGAGGAAAAAUGAGUGGCCAUUAGACAGCAUGUGUCUCCACUGCGACGUUAUGAAGAAAAGUAGAGACGAAAUAGCGACGGCGCCCCGCGAAGGUGCUUAUAUCAAUGGUCUGUACAUGGAAGGUGCCCAAUGGGACACUCAGUUUGGCGUAAUCACUGACGCGAGACUCAAAGAUCUAUACCCGCAAAUGCCUGUUGUUUAUAUAAAAGCAAUUACUCAGGACAAGCAAGAGCUUAAAAAUAUUUACGAGUGUCCAGUUUACAAGACCAAGUCACGCGGGCCCACUUAUGUUUGGACUUUUAAUCUCAGGACCAAAGAUAAAUCUACUAAAUGGACACUUGCUGGUGUCGCUAUUUUAUUGCAGGAAUGUGGAGAAAACAAUAUUAAUAAUAAUAAUAUAAAUGUAACAAGCUAUAAUCAUAAAAUUUUUCUUUUGAAUUUUAAAGUAGGAUUAUUAAAUUGCAUUAGUAUGUUAGACAAAUUUAUUAACACACUAUUUUUUUAUUUAAAUUGUGUUAUUGCCCAAAAUACUCUUGACCUAUUAUUAAUUAUUAUACAAUUAAUCAAUAAUCAAUGA